ACUCAGUAUCCAUUUGAGAAGCAAUUUCAAAAAGCUUACACUAUUGCAAAAUUUAAGGAGUUCCAACAGGAGGUUGUAGGACAGCUUCAUUGCAAUUUAUCUUUGUAUACACAAGGUCCUGAUUUUUCUGUAUAUGAAGUGAGUGAAGAUGUUCCAUUUGGAGAGAACUUUCGAUUAGCAACUUUCAUUGUCUAUUUUGAUAAGGAAAACUUUGACACAAAUUGUAGUUGUCGACUGUUCGAGUUUAGGGGAAUAGUGUGCAGACAUCAAAUUGUGGUAUAAAUGAAAGAAAGGGUUCAUGAGAUAUCAGACAAGUACAUUUUAAGAAGAUGGAACAAAAAUGUGAAAAGGUGCCAUAGUAAAGUGAUCAUCAAUUAUAACAACUCUUCAAUGUUGCCUGAAACACGUCGGUAUAAUAAAAUGUUCAAUGUCUUCAAUGAUGUGGCUGAUUUGGCAACUGAUUAUGAAAAUAGGUGUGAUAUGGUGGUCGAACAGUUACUUGAACUAAAAGGGAAAUUGAAAAAAGAAGUUGAAAUUGAUUAUGGAAAUAAUAAGUCUAGUUUUGUGAGUAAUCAUCAUAAUUCAACCACUCAUGGAGAUGGUGUUUCGAAGUCAAAGGAGAGUAGAAUCAUACUUGACCCAGUCGCUUUACGUCAAAAGGGGAGGCCACCAUGUAAAAGGAAACAAUCCAUGGUUGAAAAAGUUGUUAACAAGAAGAAGAAAGGAGCAAAUACCAAGAAAAAGACCAUCAACAUCCGAGGAAGUGUAGAGCAAUCCGAGUUUGGUGCAUCUUCAAAUAUAGGACUUGUUGAUCUUGGUACACAAGAGAGUAUUCAAGUGAAUGAAUCUGAAAUAUUGGGUCCAAGUUUAGAGCAACAAAACAUAUUUCAAGAAAACUUGUCAUACCAAGGGCAUCAUCAUCCAUCUCCAUCUUUGAUAUUCGAACAUUCAAGUUUCACAAAAAUGUUGAAUGACAUAGUACAAUCACAGACUAACAAUCCAGAAGAGGACACAAAUGGUAGAAGUUGAAAAUGUCUACAUGACAGGGUUGCUUAGACAUUUGUUGCCUUUUUUUUUAAAAGUUUAUUGAGAAUGUUUAUAUUACAUUUUGAGAGACUUAUUUGUUAAAACACAAUAAUUUUUGUGUUGGAUUAUAUAGUUGAAUUAUUACA